UUUCCUUUUACAAUUACAACGAGAAAAAAACGGUGAACCAAACCAAACCAAACCAGUGCUCGUCUUUCACAACUCCCCAAAGAAUCCCCAAUGAAGUGCCAAAGAUUCCUCUCCAUCCCAGUCUCAGCCGUGUUACUGUUAAUGGGUUUUGUGUAUUACAUCACGCUAUUCGUUUUCAUCGAGGAUUGGGUUGGGUUACAGAGCUCAGCUGGGUCUUUGAACGCUCUCAUUUUCACUUUCCUUGGUUUUCUCUGCCUUGUCUCUUUCUCUGCCUGUGUUCUCAUUGACCCAGGUCACGUUCCACCUUCCUAUGUCCCUGAUGUUGAACAAAGCCGGGCCUCGGAUCAAGAACCCAACAAUAAUGGUGCACAACCAAGGCCCUGUGACAAAUGUUUUACAUACAAGCCCCCUAGAGCUCAUCAUUGUCGGAUCUGCAGAAGCUGUGUUUUGAGGAUGGAUCAUCACUGUAUGUGGAUAAACAAUUGUGUUGGCUAUUGGAACUAUAAAGCCUUUUUUGUUCUUGUCUUAUAUGCAGCUAUAAGUAGCAUCUACUCUACGGUUGUGUUAAUAAGCUGUUCAUUUCAAAAGGAUUUCAGCGGGAGGGUUCCCCUCAAGGUGUUUUAUGUUAUUUGUGGAGCAGGGAUGAUUGGUUUGAGUGUUACAUUUGGAACUCUUUUGGGUUGGCAUGUCUACCUUAUCAUUCAUAAUAUGACAACCAUAGAGUAUCACGAAGGAGUACGGGCAGCAUGGUUGGCUGAGAAGUCUGGUCAGAAUUAUCGACAUCCAUUCUAUCGUAGUGUUUACCAAAACAUAACCUCGGUUUUAGGUCCAAACAUGCUGAAAUGGUUGUGCCCCACAGCAGUGAGUCAUCUAAAAGAUGGUCUUGCCUUCCCUAUUUCACAUGAUAGUUUAUAAUGAUUUUCUGCCUCCACUCAUACCUGUUAAUCAGCACAUAAAGGAAUGAAGAGUUAUUAUUUUAUUCUCUUCUCAAUAUGAAAGAAGCAAGAAGCAAGAAGCCGACCAGAAGUGACUAAAGUUUAUUAUGGAUAAAUUGGAGCAAGAUCUUGCGUUCAAUUAGGUACACUAGAAAGCUUACACAGAUGAGUCUGUUGAUGAAACCUGAGUUGACUGGUGCUCUCACCAUGCUGAAAUGAAACAUGAUAAAGUUCUUGCAACAUCUGAUUGGAUAUAUAAAAAUUAAAAAAAAAAAAAAAAAUCAUUAAAACAUUGAUAUGUAACACUGAUACCAGAUUAUUUUACGUUGAUGUCAUUGUAAACCACAUAUGAUUAGAGCCCAUACCUUAUAGUUAACAUGGUAGAAGUUGUAAUAUCCUGAUAUGAAGGCCCUGUCUUGAUAAAAGUUUCUUAUGUGUGCUAUUUUCAUUUGUAAAUUCAGUCAUUCUCUACCCAAUUUAUUCGUGGUCGACUAAUUUUGUUGUUUCCUUUUUAAGUAAUAAUACUCACUUUGAAACUCA